GACUUACGGAAUUUCCUGUCUCUCUCUCUUCACGUUUCCCGCUUCUUCUUUUUUUGUCUCUCUCUGUCCAACAACCACAGAGUUUCCUUUUUCGCCAUUUCCCUCCCCACGCGCGGGCUUACUCCGUCGUGCAAACCCUUGGUUUACUUGCCACCUUUUCGGAACUCAUUCGCCAAGACCCACGCCUUCUCUCUUGCUCCUUUUCUUCAGUAACCUUGAGUCGGCUGUUUUCACCCUCGCCAUUUCCCUUCCUUCCUAAAUUCAUUUUCACAACUACACACACGAGGAAGAAGGCAGAUUUUUUUUUAGUGCAACCAAUUUGCGUCACCAACUUUGCACUUCUUUUCCCUUCGCCUUCUUGCUUUAACUACUGCCUACCUGGUUGGCUUUCUUAUUUGCUUUCUCUUUCCCUUGAUUGCGUCAACUGUCGCGCCUCUCAAUUCCUGCAGACGGCCGAUAGAUAAAUAAACAAGGCAAAUAGAGAAAGAUAAGAAAGGAUGGACUCUAAAAGUCGCGCCUCUAGCAAGAGCCGCGCCCCUGCUGCCACAACCACCAGGAAGCCCAGUACACGAGUCAAGGCCGUCGUCGACUAUGACGAGAAGCGCCACUUGCCGGAGCUCGCCGACGAGGUACCGCGCGCCGCUGUGAAUGGCCUCACGGAACUCGAGGAGCGCGUUAGGGACCUCAACGAGUCUUGGGAAACCGAGUCCCUUUUCGAGGAUGCGCUCGAGGAUCUAACCGAGGACAAGUUUUUUGACGGUCCCGAAGCCUGCACGCCCGACGAGGCCGUCCACUUUCGCCAGUUACUGCGAACUGUCGGCCCCGAGGUGUUUUGUAAGAGAACCGUGGACGCUGGAGUCGUCACAGCUAAGAAGCUUCUCACCGCGUUCGGCAUCCGCCCGCCCGCCUUUCUUGAAGGCGCCGAGGAUGAUGCCUAUUUCAGUCUGCUUAGCCUGGCUCUGAGCCGCGAGCUGUCCAAGCGGGCCAAGUUGUCAAAGUACAACUCGGUUGACGAUGCCGUCAACCUCAUCAAGAGGUCGCGCAACAUCAUCGUCCUGACGGGCGCCGGCAUCUCCACCUCGCUGGGUAUCCCAGACUUUAGAUCCAAGGGCACAGGUCUCUACUCCAAACUGGAACACCUCGGCCUCAACGACCCACAGGAGGUCUUCGACAUAUCCGUCUUCAGGAGCGACCCCACCAUUUUCUACACCGUGGCGCGCGACAUCCUGCCCAGCACGUCGCGCUUCUCGCCGACUCACGCCUUCAUUGCCAUGCUGCAAGAGAAGGGCAAGCUGCUGACGAACUACUCGCAAAAUAUCGACAAUCUCGAGGCGAAGGCUGGAAUCAGGCCCGAAAAGCUGGUACAGUGCCACGGCUCCUUUGCGACUGCCUCGUGCUUCAAGUGCGGCUACAAGGUCGACGGCGACUCGCUCUUUCCCGAGAUCAAGGCCGGUAAGAUCCCGCGGUGCCGCAAGUGUGCCCAGGGCAGCCGCACCACAAACAAUAGCCGCAAGCGCAAGCUCAACCGCGACGGCACUGAGAAGAAAGUGCGCCGCAAGCCCGGCGACUACGACAGCAACUCGGACUCUGAGUUUGACCUGCCCACGAGCUCGUGCGGCGUCAUGAAGCCCGACAUCACCUUCUUUGGGGAGCCCCUGCCCGACGAGUUCUCUAAGCGUCUCACCGAGCACGACCGCGACCUCGUCGACCUUGUCAUUGUCAUCGGCACCAGCCUUAAGGUAGCUCCCGUCUCCGAGGUCGUCCCCUUCCUCCCUUCAAACAUCCCCCAAAUAUACAUCAGCCGCACCCCCGUCUCACACGUCAACUUCGACAUCGACCUCCUCGGCGACUGCGAUAUCGUCGUCUCUGAGCUCUGCCGCCGCGCCGGCUGGGACCUCAAGCACGAGAUGAUCCCCGAAGGCCAGGUCAUCAGCACCACCCUCGCCGACGGCUAUCCCAGCCGCCACAUUUUUGCUCAAGUCAAGCCAGACCCCGACUCUGAGUCGAUCAAGGUGGAGGCCCCCGCUGAGACUGCCGACGAGUGAUGCUGAAUUGAUCUUGCGUUUUCUUCUUUCACUUUUGUAUCUUGCGAGUUUUAGGAAGGGUGGCAGUUUCCCCCCCCUUCUCCGUCUCUCAAUCCGUCAACGUGCAUGAUACCCGGGAUUUUAUUUUCAACUUCAGCUUUUUUGUUUUUGUUGGCGAGGUGCAGAGCCACACACAACAUACACCCGACGGAGGGGCGGCUGCUCGGCUCUUGUGUCUGCAACCCGCCCUUGAAAUCUCUCUGUGGCUUCAGUGUCUUUCCUGUCACCUCUUUGCGUGAGCGAUCCGGCUCGAGUCGCUUGGAAAGCUGGCUGUUGUUUUAAAUAGGGGGGAGACUCGGCAUGCUGUAGAGUGAAGCGCGGCGCUUACAAACUUUGACGUUCUUGUCAUGACA